AUGUCAUCAGACACGCAGAGCCGACCGGGCGAACAGGUGCAGCAGUCGACCAAUAAAUGGCAGCAGUCAACGAAAGAUCUGUGGCGUCGCUCUACACAGGUCUGGUCGGAUUCCAAGGACAAAUGUCAUCAAUCGACGAUGGAGGCCUGGCAUCGGUCGUCGGAUUCUUUGGCCAAUUCGAAACAGCGAUACCAGCAGAGCACUGCGGAGGCAUGGCAUCGAUCUACAAACACUUGGGUUGACUCGAAAACUCGGUGUCGGCAAUCAACUGCCGAUAUGCUGAAUCGAUCCGCCACCAAGCUUUACCAGUCAACCGAUCGCUUGCAGCGAUUACCUCAGACUUCAAAUAAAGCGAUAGAAAGCAACGCAAUCAAACACCGGGCUUCGAAAUCCGUCGAGUCGUUGUCGACACUAUCACGCCAACCCAGCCCAUCCAUACAAACAUCACCACAAAAUACCCAGCCUCAGUCUUACACAUCGCCCCCAUCAUCCGAAGCAACCCAAUCACCACAAUCCGGACCCUCAUCCGAGUCCUCGCAAUCAACACAGUCACCCUCAGAAGCCUCCACAGACACCGCACUGCCCAAAUACGACAUGAUCGACCCAUUCUCGAAAGGGCAGAAACAAGAACAGCAAAUCCGCCAGCUCCUCAACAUGACCGACCAAACCUUCUUCCAAAUCCACCAAGCGAAGCAACUCCGAAAUUCCAAGUCGGCGCUGCUGGGAGAAAUCGAACAUAACUGGAUCAAUUCCAUCAUCACCGACGCCCUACACGUCGGCCAGGACCUAGCCAAGCUCGUGGAACCACAUCGUCUCGAUAUGGCAAAACGAAAGGGCAAAAUAACCUCCGCGAAUAGAAAGCGAUGGAAAAUCGAGGACUGCCAGAAGGCUCAGGAGAAACAAUCCCGUUUGAUCCUCCACCAGGAUAGACUCAGCCGGGUCUUCACCCACCUCCGAGAUCUGACUGAAUCUCAAAAGACCUCUCCCGAUUCUGAACAAGGAAAGGAAGAGGACAUUGCUGAGCUCGGGACGUCUGAGACAUCCAUCCCGGAACUCUCAGGCGAUUCACAAUUCGUUUCUCCCGUUGCCCCCGCAGAACUCCCCUCCGAUCCAAUACCCACCACAGUCAUCGCAGAACUACCAGGCGACUCUGCGCUCGUCGUCGCCAACCCUACACCGCAAAUCCCGAAGAUCAUUAUCACGCAGACGCCGGGGGAUGUUUCGGUCGAGUACCUCGGAAGUCCGGAUACGCCAGAUCAUGCGAGCCAUGAGACAAAUGAGUUGGAUGAGAUUCUUGCUUGGAGGCAUGCGCGGAAUGAUGUGAGGUCGCAGCAGUCGACUUCGCUAUCGAAUAUUAUUGCAAGGAUGGAUAGUGCGAGGGUAGAAUGA